UUUAAAAAAUAACUUAAUUUCCUACCUUACCCUACAAUCAAGGACAGAAUCUACGCAAUUAAAAGGCAACACGUUGAGAAGGCAACAAGGCAAGGGAAAAGCGAAGUGUGAAGACAGACACAGUGAGAAUGAUGAAGCGUCGGUUCCUUUUGGUUCUCUUGGUUCUCUAUGUCACAGUGGAGUUCUACGUAGAAGCAGAUGGUAGUGUUGGGUUUGUGAGAACAAGAGGAGUGCAGCUUAUGCUGAAUGGGAGCCCCUACUAUGCUAAUGGCUUUAAUGCCUAUUGGCUAAUGUAUCUUGCCUCUGAUCCUUCUCAGAGAAACAAAGUCUCAUCAGUGUUUCAACAGGCUUCAAAUCAUGGCCUCAACAUUGCCAGAACUUGGGCUUUCAGUGAUGGUGGAUAUCAACCACUACAAUACUCUCCUGGAUCUUACAAUUACCAAAUGUUUCAGGGAUUGGAUUUUGCAAUAGCCGAAGCAAGAAAAUAUGGGAUCAAGAUGGUGUUGAGUUUGGUGAAUAACUAUGAGAACAUGGGUGGGAAGAAGCAAUAUGUGGAAUGGGCAAAGAGUCAGGGGCAGUCCAUAAAUUCUGAGGAUGACUUUUUCACAAAUCCUGUUGUGAAGGGAUACUACAAAAACCACAUCAAGGCUGUACUUACAAGACGUAAUAGCAUCACUGGAGUUGCUUACAAAGACGACCCAACUAUAAUGGCUUGGGAACUUAUGAAUGAGAUUAGGUGCCCUUCUGAUCAAUCAGGAAGGACAGUUCAGGCUUGGAUCACUGAGAUGGCAUCUUACCUGAAAUCCAUAGAUGGAAACCACUUGCUGGAAGCUGGUCUGGAGGGUUUCUACGGCCAGUCAAAGCCUCAGUCUAACCCAAACUUCAAUGUAGGAACCGAUUUCAUUGCCAACAACCAAAUCCCAGGCAUUGAUUUCGCAACAGUGCACUCCUACCCGGACCAAUGGCUAUCAAGUUCUAGUUAUGAGGACCAAAUCUCAUUUUUAGGCCGUUGGCUGGAUGAGCACAUCCAAGAUGCACAGAACACCCUUCACAAGCCACUUCUAUUUGCGGAGUUUGGUAUUUCCACAAAGAGUUAUGGUGGCAACUCAACACCAAGGGAUCGGUUAUUCAACACAGUAUAUUCUGCAAUAUACUCAUCAGCAAGCAGUGGCGGGGCUGCUGUUGGUGGCUUGUUUUGGCAACUUAUGGUUCAAGGAAUGGAUUCUUAUCGAGACGGUUACGAAGUUGUCUUAGAUGAGAGCCCUUCAACGGCUAAUUUGAUCGCUCAAGAGUCUCAAAAACUAAACCGAAUUCGCAAGAUGUACGCCAGACUUAGAAACAUUGAGAAGUGGAAUGAAGCUAAGCAAAUUAGAGGUGGAAACUGAAUAUGAUACGUCUUAACUACCAUGAUAUAUAUAUAGAGAGAGAGAGAGAGAGAGUGAAGGGAGUUAGAAACUUUAAUUGAUAACUUAUUUGCGUGUGGAUUAAUCUUCAGAAUGAAGUGUCCCAAUAAUCUUAGUGGCAAGAAUUGCCUGUUAUUUUCGUCAAAGUAUUCCAAGUGAAGUGUUCUACAAAUGCGAUAGACAUAACUAUUUAUUAUUGAGAUAUUUCGAGAGAAACUUUGUAAUGCACGAACUAGCAUUUCAUCUACACUAUUAUGUCGGCAAGUGAAUGUACUUUGUCUAAACUGUUUAUAAAAUGGACUGCUGACGAUAA